AGUCUUGCGAGAACCGCGCGCGCGCGAGGACGUCGCUGGUGUUCCCUCGACGGCUUUACACGAGGCCGGGAAAUCGAAUAAACUAAACUAUAUUCGUUGUUUUUAUUCCGUCGUAUUUAUCAUUUGUUUUGCUGUUAUAACUUUUCCUCUGUAAAAUCUUCUCUCCGACGUAAUAACCAUCAUCAUCGUCGUUAUCAUCGUCAUCGUCGUCAACAUCGACAACGACGACAACAACAUCGAGAAGGAGCAACGAUCGAUCGUCCGGAACGAAGGCUCUAUCUCAAUCUCUCUUUCUCUCUCUCUCUCUCUCUCUCUUUCUCUUUCUUUCUAUCUUUCUAUCUUUCUCCAAUCGUUCGUUUAGAUCUGUCCUUGGUAAGCUUGGUGCGUGAUCGAGACACUCCUUUCCAUUACGAUCGAAUCUCUCAACUCAACUGAACGAUUCACGGUCAACGGCAGUUUUGCGCCGGCGGAGGCGGAAGUCGGUAACAGCGAUGACAGUUCGCGUGACAUAGACGAUAAACUUGUAAUCGUCACUGGCAAAGAAAACUAACGUCCGUUUGGAACGUUCAUUCAUGAGUUUCCCCGGGGGCUUGUACGCUGGUGGUGGUGGUGGUGGUGGUGCAUCCUAAAAGGAACGAAACGUUCCUCUCAUUCGUAUUAACCCGUUGACGGGAGGAAGUAAUACUUUUCAGUCACGGAGGUAUGAGAGAAAGAGAGGAAGUAAAGAUUUACUUAGCUUAAAAGGACAAAAGAAAAUAAAGAAAGAAAGAAAGAAAGGAAGAAGGAAAGGAGGCAAAAAGUUACAAGGGUUGAAAGAAUUAUUGAAAAAAUUUUUAAAAUGCAGAAAGAAUAUUUUGACGAUGGGAAAUGCAUGAAAAAUGUAAUGGUACCGUAGUUUGAAGAUUAGAAAAGAGAAAGAAAUAGAGAAGAAGGAUUUGAUCUCUGUGAGACUGUGGGACAAGGAAAACAGACAGGCUGGAGGAGACGAAGGAAAGAGUUAAGAGGGAGGAAAGAUCGAGGAGCCAGGCUAAGGCUGGGAAUAGGGAGGCUCGCGAAAAAAAAGAGAGUGUGAACAGAAAGAGAGAUCGGGAGAAUAGUCGAGGAAUGCCGUGGAUAAAGUGUUUGGGUGGCGCAGGCGGCAAAGCCAGGAGGGGCAAGCCACUGAGCGUCAGCCAGCCUAUACACCUGCUCGUCAAGAGUGACUUUGAACCUCAGUGUCACGUGUUCCGAACGAAGCAAUUGCGCAAGCCCCGACCUUGUCAUCUGUGCCAUCAGGCGGUGAUCAAGCAAGCGUCGUGCUGUAGAGUAUGCAAAUACAUCUGUCACAAGACUUGCGAAGACAAGGGUGCGCGUUUCCGGGACACCUCGCAACAAAUACACAAACAAUGGCAGGCCGAUCCAGCGAGAGCAUUUCCUACUGUUGGCAGUGUCGCUACCACUGUCGGUGGUGGUUCGCCGUCUCCAGCAUCGGGUGACAUUUCAACCCCAAAUUCAACACCCAGUCCGAGCCCUAGUCCGACCAAUGGUCAACAAGUAAUGCACAAUGGGGGUUACGAAUCGCAAACGAAGAACGUUAACACAAUCACAAGAAACAAACAACAACAGCAAUUACUUAUGCACCAACAGCAACAGCAACAACAACAACAACAACAACAACAUCAGUUAUUACAUCAAGAACAGGUACAAGGUGUACAAUCGUCGGUGACGCCCGCGAGGACGCCUGGCGUCGGCGCGGAUUCGUCUGCCGUCGAUGUGGGAAAGGGCGUCGGUGGAAGGGUCACGGAAGUAAUGGAAUUAUGUUACGUCACGGAAAGGAUAAUCGCUCUUUGGUAUCGAGAAGAUGCACAAGGUGUUUUGGAACAUGCGACAACCCUUUUAAGGGGCAAACAUGCCGAUAAUUAUAUGAUAUUCAAUCUAUCAUCGCCAGGACGAGCAGGUGAAUCGAAUACAAGAGAAGCCGGAUGGCCUCAAGGUUUGGCACCAAGUUUGGAAAGAUUAUGCGCCCUUUGCAAGGAGCUGGACUCCUGGUUAAACGGUGUUCCAAAUCGUGUAGUUGUUUUACACGCAAGGGGUAACAAGGAACGAUUGGGUGUGGCGGUCUCGGCUUACAUGAAUUACAGCAGCAUCUGCGGUGGACGCGAUCAAGCCUUGGACAGGUUCGCAAUGAGAAGAUUCCUCGAUGACAAGAUCGGAUCGCUGCAAGUUCCAUCACAUCGAAGAUACAUAGAGUACUUCAGUGGAUUAUUGUCUGGGUCAUUGAGAAUCAGUCAAUCUCCUCUUUACUUGACACACCUCACGGUACUCGGAGUGCCACUCUUCGAGCCUACCGGAUGUCGAGCGUUCCUCAAAGUCUACGAAGGAUUGACGCCCGUUUACACAUCGGAUUUGUACUCGGUGACGAAUGCUCGUGAGUUCACGGUUAAUCUCGGUGGUCUUCGCUUGAGAGGAGACAUUCUCGUGAAAUGUUAUCAUAGGGUAUAUUCCAAACAAAGCCGAGAAGUAAUGUUCUCGCUACAGUUCCACACGUGCGUCAUCACAGAAAACGUUGUGUCAUUUCCCCGUUCGGAACUUGACGUUGCAUGCGAAGAUCCACGAUGUCCACCCGAUAGUGUUGUGACCCUUUACUUCGCAACCGAUGCGAAACGUCAGGAUGGCCCAAUUCCAGCACCAACACCCGCUGUGCCUCAUGCCUCGGCUCAUCACGAUCCCAUCCUCCAUUGGGACAGCUACACGAAUCUCGAGAUAAGCGAUGACGAAGGCCGCGAGACACCGUUGUCACCACCGCCACCAUCGAGUUCAUCCGUUCAAACAUCGCCACGUGGGUUAGGUUACACCUGCGGACCUAUAGAUGGAUCCUUGUACGCGGUGGUACAGCAGGGUGCUGCAGGUGGUGCUCGCGGUUCACCACUGACAGUUUCCAUGGACAGCGGUAUCAGCAGUGCUCCACCUCAAAGACCAAGUCCACCUGAACACGAGCCGGAUAAUCAGGCUCACGGUGAUCUUGAUAAACUUCUGCACGAUAUGAUGCUAACCGUUGAGUCGAUGCCAGACCCUCCUACGGAGGAUUAUGCUCGACCGGAUAGAAACGAGAAGAUUUACGUCCAAGAAAAUCGUAGUUACAGUAGUCACACCAGUAGUAGCCAUGCGCCAUCAACUUAUUCGACCUUGAAGGAUUCCUACAGAAGUUAUAGCGUCGCCAAAGAAUCCAGUCCGCCUUACAACUCUAGCACGUCUAGCUAUAGCACGUUAAAGAACGAAUAUAGAGAUAGCCCGAAAAACGUGGAACACCGUAGGGAGGAUUACGAGUACCGUGUUUCACCUGAUCGAAAAAUAUCCGAAUCAACGGCAGAUAUAUAUGGUAGAAAGCAACACGUCGAUUCAUUCUCUCCAUCCGGUAACAUCGACUUUAUCGACGAGGACAUUCCUUAUCACGCGAGACAAACGAGUCAACCGUUCUCUUACGGUGCUACAACCGAUAUGAUCAAACAUCAAAAAUUAUCAUCACCUUCCUUGGUUAGAAAGGCAUCGGUACGUGGUACAGCACCAGUCGUAGAUUUCGAUGAUAUUCUUGGCGAUGCUAAUCCAAGACGACCUAUCAGCCCUUUAAGCCCAAAUACACCAGAUCCACCGCCAGAGUUCGCGAAUGGUCCUAUCAAAAACACCCCCGAUCACGUCGACGGAUUAUCUUGGCUGAGGCAACAACAAUUGAAACUGGCCGCGAGGAGAGAUGAGAAAAGUCCUAAAACAAUAUGGCGACAGGAAACUGGAAAUCGUGUUAUCGGAGAGCUUCGUAGUUAUCAAAGGGGAAGAUUAAGGCAUGACGGUUAUGCCAGCGAUUCGGCAGUAUUAGACGACGACGACGAUACAUGGAUACCAAGUUCAAUUUCUAAUCAGACCCAAACGAAAACGACCCCUUACACCUCGGCACCGGCGAGUCCUUUGCUCCCGCAAAGAUCGAGUAGUCGUAAGUACAAUGGCAGCACUAGUAGCGGUAUUCUCGGCAGACCAAGAGCCGAAAGCAUGAACGAACGACCAUUCGUCUCUGUGAAGAGAGCUUACGAGUAUCGAAAGUACAGCGACGGUCAGAGCCCUCCGUCAUCCCCCCGCGCAGUAUUUGCAGCCGAUCCACCCUUAAGCACAGGAAUGCAACGUCGAUCGGAUAGUCCGGUUAACUUGGAGAAGCAACAACCACCUCGUCCAGAAUCUAGAAGCGAUAGUUUUGCACGUACCGAUGCCUUCCUGCGUGAGCAUAGACAACAACAACAACAAUUCCUACAACAUCAACAACAACAACAACAACAACAACAGCAGCAACAGCAACAGCAGCAGCAACUACAACUACAACAACAACAACAACAACAACAACAACAUAACAACGGGAUGAAUAACAUUUCCAGCACCAUGGAAAAUGGUCACGAACAAAGCAAACGGGCAAUUAUUCACGAGAAAAAUUUUGGAACUUUGGCUAGACCGUCGAGACCAGAGUCGAGAAAUCGCGUAACAACGACGUAUCAAAAUUAUUCGAGAAAUUAUAACAACGAUGUAACAACAAUAACGACGACAGUGACAGCGCCAAUAACAGCAACAACAAUGACAACAAUGACAACAAUGACGACAACAAACGACAGAAGCAACAAUGGCAGUGGCCAAAAUGAAGGAGGACUUUUGGCGGUGGUCGAUCAACAAACAUCUGUCCCACUUAAUCAAGGAGAUCCUCUCGUGAGCCUCAUUCGAUCAUUGGCUGAGAUAUCGCCUAUUCGCUCACCCUCAUCCAAUUCCGCGACUAACAAGAUUGAGAAUGAUCAUGGUCAUACAACUAUCGAUGCGACCGCGACAACGGUCAACAACAACGUCGCUAGCAUUGCCACUAAUUGUUCCCCUAACCAGUCGCCAAAAGCAUGGCAGAAUUGUACCCAGUCCCACAAUGACUCGGCGUCAUCGUGGACCGAGAGAAGCGUCAGUCCCGGAAGUACAGUAGGAGUUUCGAGACCGCAAACACCUGCAUUCCCUGUACAUCCACGUACUCCUUAUGUCAAUAAUGCAUCGCCAACUGUAACAUUCGCCUCCGAUCGUGGCUAUGUCAUGUCCAACAAUAGUUACAACAUCAACAACAAUAAUAAUAAUAUUACCGGAGUGGAAGCUACCGGUGGUAAUAGUAACAACAACAAUCUUGGAAAUUAUAAUGCCGAACGAACGAUUUAUAUCGAGGAGCGAAGGGAAGUCUCUAAGGAAACGGGACUUCCACCCAAGAGUCCGACAACACAACGACGCUUGAGUUUCCCAGCAAGCGGGCCGCUUAAACAAACGCAUAACAAACGAUGGCCGCUCACUAACCAAUCGGCGUCGUUCGACUAUAGCAAGGACCGACCUGUUUCUCCGAUAGGCGAAUCUGCGAUAUCACAGGCUCAGGCUAUUUCACAUAGCCCUGGUACUCCAACUCACGUUGAAUUUGCCCAAAGUCCGAAGAGUGCUACGUCGUACACAUCUAUCAACAGCGGUGGUGGUCAGUCGUCUCCACAGGUGCAGUAUUAUGGAUCAAGACGUUCGAGUAUUCAUUCGAACAGUGAACCUCAAGAGGUCGCUGACAUUAACGUAAAAUUCGUACGAGAUACCAGCAGGAUCUGGUACAAACCAAAUAUAUCUCGAGAACAAGCAAUUUCAAUGCUGAAGGAUGCCACACCGGGUACGUUCGUAGUAAGAGACAGCAAUUCUUUCCCGGGUGCGUUUGGUUUAGCAUUGAAAGUGGCAACACCACCACCUGGUGCGCCUAGUAGUCCUAGAGAUCCAUCAAGCGAACUCGUCAGGCAUUUCUUGAUCGAGCCAACCUCACGUGGAGUUAGACUGAAGGGAUGCGCGAACGAACCAGUUUUUAGUUCUUUGUCAGCAUUAGUUUAUCAACACAGCUUGAUGGCAAUGGCAUUACCAUGUCAACUGUUAGUACCUGAACCAGAAGCUGCUGCUAGAGCUUUGGAUUCGCCCGCUACGAAUAGUGCACAACAACUUCUUGCACAGGGAGCUGCUUGCAACGUUCUUUAUCUUUUCACCGUCGACACAGAAUCCUUGACCGGGCCUCAAGCUAUCAAAAAAGCUAUAAGUACUUUGUUCGAACAAAAACCUUUGCCGAGUGCGACCAUCGUUCAUUUCAAGGUCUCCACUCAAGGUAUAACACUGACGGAUAACGCAAGGAAAUUAUUCUUCCGUAGACAUUAUCCUACGAACAACAUCAGUUAUUGCGGUUUAGAUACUGAUGAACGUACUUGGGAUUUUACCGGUGAAGAUAUUGGACGACCAAUCAGCGCACAUCGUUGCUUCGGAUUCGUAGCAAGAAAACCCGCUCACAAAUCAGACAAUCAAUGUCACGUGUUCGCCGAGCUGGAACCGGAACAACCAGCAACGGCCAUCGUUAAUUUCGUCAAUAAAGUCAUGAUGGGCAACUCGAUCGCUAAGGCCAAUAUCGUAUAAAUUACGAUUCGUCGAUUAUUAUGUCAAUCUUACGAUCUAAUCGAUAUAUACAAACAAAAGAUAAUGAUUUCGCAAUAAUGAAAGAUAUUAUAAUCCAUCGUCAAUGAGAAAAGGUUUGUCGUUUGAAAAGCUAUAAAAGAAUUAUUACACUUCGAAUUGAUAUUUGACUGAAGGAAAAAGUGAAGAAACAGAUAAAGAGGAAAGGAGAAAAAAAGAAGAAAGAAAAGAAAAGAGAGAAAAAAAAAAGAAAAGGGAAAAGAAAAGAAAUUCAAAUCUUAAUUUAUUCUAAAUUAAGGCAUAACUUGUCGCUUGAAAAGUGAUAAGAAAUUAUUAAUUAAUUAAUUAACGAACGUAUUUGACCGAGAAAGAGAGAGAGAGAAAUAACAACAACAAAGUGAGAAAACAAGGGAAAAGAAGAAGAAGAAAAAAAAAGAAAAAUUAAAAACCCUAUUAAUUUACGAGACAUGCGUGUGUUAACAAAAUAAAAUGAAAAAAGAAAAAAAAAAAAAAGAAAAAGAAAAAAGAAAAGAAAAUUUCGAUUCUCGUAUAGAAAAUGUCGUCAUAUAGAAAACAAGUCGUCUAAUUCCAAUGAUAAAUAAUAACGUUAUCUGUGCGAUCGCGAAUCGUUAAAUUGUCACGUAAAAUGACAAAUAAAUGUAGUUCAUCAUUAAAAAAAAAAAAAAAAAAAAAAAAAAGAGAAAAAAAAAGAAAAGAAAAAAGAAGUAUACUUGAGAGAUAUAAAGUAGAUACGAUUGGAAUAGAUUGAGAUAAAUGCAAAAAUCUGUACGAGUUACUAUGAGGUAGAUAUAUAAACGAUCUAAUCGUUGUUAUGAUCACUAUAUAGGGAAACGAACGUUCGAGUUUUUGAUCUAUCUUUAAAAACACAAUGAUAACGUAAUACGAUUAAGCGAAUGGAUUAAAAACGAAGAAAUUAGCUGAAAUAUUAUUCCUUUCAUUUCGAUAUUCGUCCUCGCAUACGAAUUGAAAGAGAAUUUGAAAAAAGAAAAAAAAAAAGAAAAACACAAAAAUAGA